GGUGUACUUUUAGAAGGGAACAUUUUAGAAAAUUAUCAGAAAAAUACAGUAAUCAUUCGCAUAAUAAUUUUAGAACACGUACUGCUGCUUUGUUAGCAAUGAAACCGGCAACUGGAGUAAAAAGAAAUAAUGCUAAAGCAUCUGAAGGUGAUUUGAAAAUAAUUCUCAAAAAAUUUUUGAAUUUAACAGAAGGGGGAAAUACGGCACAUAAAAAAUCAGAUGUAAAUUCAAAGGAAUGGAUUUCUAUCCCUCCCUUAUACGAUACAGAACAUGGAGGAUGGUGUGCAACAUAUCCUCAUUUACUCUGUACAACAAGACAAAAAGAUACUUUACUUGAAACUCGUUCUGCUGUCCAAACAGGCAAACGCCCUCUUUUUUAUUUUCAUGUUAGGGCAGAAUUGUUCAGUUUUUCUGGUGCUUUUACAACAGCACAUACACUCUCAUUACCUUUUACUAUUGCAACGAGAAGAAAUCAGGAUUGUCAAGUUCAACGAAUGAUGAGUUCUUAUACAGCUACAUGUUUUUGGCUUUAUGGAACAAAUGUCUUUGAUGGUCUUUUACUUCAAUGGCAUGAUGGGGAAAUUGACUGGAAACAUUUUAAAUUGCUUUAUUCCCUUUAUUUUGCAAUGAAUGCAGAAGUAACAAGAACCUUUAUUGAUGAAGACUUUAAUAUCUUACAACAAAAAAUGCAUUGUUCAGAGUGUACUGAACGCACCACAAUUGACCUAACAAAUGAAUAUUCUUUGGACCAACCUUCUUUAAUAAGUUUCAAGAAUGUUCUUUGUCCACAUUUACAUUUUACUUCACCAAAUUGUGAUUUGAGAUUUAGUGUUUGGAGAGGAAUGUUGGAACUUUUGCAUUUAUUCAGUGACCAAAAAACAGAAACAAGAAAUUUAUGGGAGGCUGGAUUGCUUCAAGGAUUUAUGGAAUUAAAUACUGUAUAUUCAAUGCUACGAACACUUCCCGGUUCAGGACUUGUAAUGCGGUUAUCAUUAGUAGCAGGGGCUUGUGUUUGUAUUACUGUUAAAUGUUCAAAUGAUGAAUUUCUUGAUUUAGAGCCUUUGGAUGUUAAAAAACUUCAAUCAAAAAAUUUAAAUGAUUACCUAAAAGAUAUAAUUCUUUCUGAGAAGGUUGAUUUUGUUCUUGAUUCGGAUAAACAAUGGGUACAUGUUGCGGAGGUUCUAAAGCGUUGUCAGAAGGUUUCUGGAGAUAAUCAGGACCCUGCACAAGAAAUAAAAACAAGAGAAAUACUGUCUAAUGCUCUACAUCCAGGCCCUAUUGAGAAACAACAUUCAAUCACUUUCACUCCAAUGAGAGUUGCCGUAGUGACUUGUAAGACAAACACUACAGAUAAUAACAAUGAACCAGAUGAUGAAUUUGCCACUGAUAAUGCUGCAGCAAAUACGAAUUCUCAACAAGAUCCAAACAAUCAACAAUCUCUUAACGGUGGGGAAGCGAAUUUUGAGGCCGAACUAAGGCAGUUAAUGCACAGAUAUGGAAAGACACCAAAGGAUGUUAUUAAUAUUUUUUCACAAUCUUUACAUGAACAACAACAACCUUUGGAACAUUUGGAGGCAAGAAAAUUGUUGAAAUUAUAA